GCACUUCACUACGCGUAAUGAUGGUCCAAAAAAACUUGUUUCAUCCUCUGUGUGUAAACUGAAACCAAGGUCACGUUUUCCCGUGCUUAAGGCUGACUGCUUCCUUGAAUUGAACACCUUUGUUUUGAUUGGCCGUUGUGAUUUAGAAAGCAGUUGUAAUUCAGUACCCUUACCCAAAUAUAGCAUAAUUUAACAAAAAUUUGGUAAUUAUCUGUCGUUUUAUUCUGUUAAUUUAACAAAAUGUACAAUUAGUUUACCUUCAGGUUCGUGGCAAAAAGGUGAAAAAAAAAAAACUUGGAAUAUUGAAAGUGAGUCGAAACAAUAGAAUUUCAUAUUCUUUUCAAAGGAAAUCUGUGAUUUUACUCUUCUCCACACGAUCAUGGAACAUUUUGCAUGUUGUUAUACAUGCAAUUUCAAUUUUAUUGUCUGCGUCAAUUUGAUUAAAUCAAAACGUUCUCAAGGAUUUCACCAACCACAAAUAUCUUUCUUUUCUUAAGCUACCUGCAAUACACGAAACCACUCAAGAUUUGGCAAAGGUUCUGAGGCCUAUCUCUACAUUACUAUUAGUUAUCUUAAAUGCUCAUCAUUUAAGAUCUUCUGACUAUAUGGUAUAUACAUUGAUCUGUUGUAAAAGAAACGCGAUGCUUUGAAGGAGGACACUCAGUUGCCCUUGUAGAUUAAAAAAAUAAACUUAGUUUACGUUAUCGAAACUCUCGGGAGGUUCCCCUUAACAAUUCUGUGGUUUUUCACUUUUCAUCAAAACGGUUUUAGCACGCUAUAUUUUAGUUUCUUGGGAGCAGUUUUAAGCUAAAGGUUUGUGAGUAUCGAGUCAUAUUUGUCUAGACACGAAACACCGUAAUUGCUAACCAGAUAAAAGUUUAUCAGGGCAUAUCACUUCUUUUUUGCUCUUAUAAUUGGAGAAAUUUUGGUUUCUAUUUUUUCUUGAACAUAAAGAAAACCAUAUGACGAUUUAUGCUGACGCACUUGAAAGCAAACUUGAAAGCAAACUAUUUCAGUUUCAGCACGUCUCGAAAAUUUUCCAUUUACUGUCUGUACCUGCACUUUGUGAACAACUGAUAGACUGGUCUCCAUCUAAACAGUAUGUCCGUUACAGAAGUUGUUCUCGGGGUAAUUUUCUCCAUCCUUGUGGUCGUAAACCUGGUUGGAAACACUUUGGUUUGCCUUGUUGUGUUCCAGAACAAAUCCUUGAGAGUGCCAAUGAACUACCUUUUGGUAAAUCUUGCUAUUGCUGACAUGUCUUUUGCCGUUUUUGUAUCCCCACAGUAUAUUGUCCGUCCAUUUUUUCAUCAUCCUGAGCCUCCGGUCGGUGACUUUCUUUGCAAGGUAGCUACUGGUGGGAGCUUGAGUUGGGUGGGAACAGCGGCUUCCGUCUUCACUUUGGUGCUAAUUGCCUCCGACCGCUACUACUCAGUUUUGUUUCCAUACGGAAAAAAAGGUCGUAUGACGCCUCUGAGAGUAAAACUUGGAAUUGUAACCAGUUGGCUGAUUGCUGUGAUAUCUGAGAUCCCUGCGAUACUAGUGAUGAAGUACGACACAGACCGAAAAAUCUGUCUUGAAGAUUGGCCCAAUAUUGGCUUUGCCAGAGCAUACACCUUAGCGACUCUGUUCUUCGACUUCAUACUGCCGUUUACUUUCAUGGCUUCCGUGUACAGCAAAGUGAUUUAUCGCUUGUGGCGUGGCAGUAACCACGCUGGAACUCAUUUAGCAUUGCUUAAACGAAGGAAAAAAGUCACGAAGCUCUUACUAAUUAUCACAGCUUUACACGGAGUGUGUUUGUUUCCUGACACUGUCACUUAUGUCCUCUCGUACUUUGGCUUCCAAUAUGGCUCCAUCGCUUACAAGGUCGGCACUGUUUUGGUUUGCGUGAACUCUACAGUGAACCCAUUUUUGUACAGUCUUCAGAGUGAACGCUUCAGAAGGUCCUUGAGGCAGCUACUGCAAUGUUGCGAAAAAUGUCUUGUCGUAAGAUGCUGGGAGAGAAGGGAUGUAAUUGUUGUAAAUGAUAUUCAAAUGCGAGGGUAACACGCUGUCUGACCUGUACUCGUAUCUGAGCUAAUAUGGCUUACUACAUGUACAUUUUAAUUUGUGUUGGUAAUCACAUGCUUUCGAGUGCAAUUUUGGAUAAAUCAGUUGAAGUAAAUUUUUCAAUGGGUAACCAAAUUGCAUGCAAAAAUUUGAUUCGGUUUUCCUUUUAGUCGUGUUUAUUUCGUGUCAUGGCUCACUGGUUCGGCCGCUUUUGUGCUGUUGUCGGAGAAGUUGGGGUUUUCCCGCAAGGACUUGCUUCGAGCUUUUCAAACUUUCUUCCACAUAUAAUCGAGCGUUUGCACUCUUUUUCAGAUGGGUGUCGCUUAAUAGCAGUAACCAGUACACUUAAGCUAUCAGAUCCUACCACGCCUGUAAUCUUUCCCAUCCCUCAUUCAAACUGUUGCGUACAUAGGUAAACUUCUUGGGAAUUUUACUCAGGGCUUCCGGUUCGUAAAUUUCAUUACUUUUAUCAGUCAUAGCCGUUUUUGGAAGUCUUCGGCCUCCAAACGUUGAUAAACUUUUAGCCUCUUGUUUUUGCCGCUUUUGGGGUGUUUUUGUUCUUAGCACUCUCAUUCAAACUCUAAAUCAAAACUUUGUUUCUCUCUUCUAACCUGUCUGCCAUUUUUCCUAUCAAUCCAUUCGAUUUCAACUUUCUUCACUGUAUGGGAUAAAUUGACUUGUCCUCAGCCAAUGAGUAUGCUGAAUUGUUUGCAUGCAUAAAGAUAAAAAUUUGACUUAGGGGGGGAGGGAGGUUGGGGAUGGCAUGAGAUGUCAUUCCGGUAAUUUUUCGAUAUUUCUAGUGCGCUGACAAAUCUAUAAUGAAAGGUACAUUGUCAAUCAACGAUUACAGAUGGUUUUUAUUUCAAUGGCACUUUGCACCUCAACUGUUUAUGACCUUUUUUCAUCACAAUCUGUUGAAAUCUAUAUUUCAAGAAAUAAAAUAAAGUAACGUAAUAACGUAAGAACCUCAUGAAGGCAAAGA